UACCCAACUUACAAGCCACUUUGGAUCAACCUGUACCAUUUCCAAACAAACCCAGAAAUGUCUCAUUACUCACGAACACUGGCUCUACAACCAUUUUGGAAAACAUGGACGAAAAUGUUACAAAUCUCAGCCAAGAGAGUUUAACAGGCACAUCCGACGUCAAUUUCCAAACCGUAUAUGUAAAUUCCGACGACAUACAGUCAUUCACUAGUGCUAAUCUUUAUAGCGCCUGCUUGUCACAAUUAAAGAACAACGAUCCGUUAUUGCUGAGCGGAAUAAAUGAAAUUCAAGAUCCGAACUUGAUGUUUUCGACGGACCCUACACUAAACCAAAUUACUGACUCCCAGCUGGACACGCAAAACUUGGAAACCUUACUGCCGACGUUCAGCGUCAAUAACGUUUUUCAGAACAUUGUCUUGUCGACCGAUGACUACAUCGAUAUGAAUCAGAUACCUUUGUUUGCCAAUAUAAACGACUCCAGCAAAAAGGUUCAAACGACCGACCAGAAAUAUGUGAUCGACAGGAACCUUAUUGAGCUAAGUGACGACGCCUUGGUUGGGAAUCCUGCAAUGUCGAACUUGUUGCCUAACGCACCUACCUUGGAGGGAUCCUUUGAUGCAGUCGAUUCAGUAAACCAGCUAGACUUGUCAUGUUCUUCGUGCAAGAAGAGUUUGAAUGAUAUUGCCGAUUUCCAAAAUCAUGUUUGUGAAGAUAAAGAGGAUGACCUCAAAGGCAAGGGUAGGACGAGACCUAACAGAAAAGUGGAAGCGAAGAAAAGCACUCGUCGGGCUAAGAUCAGCGAAAAGGACCUCUUUUGUAUUGAAGAGGGUGAAAAUCUAAAGUACAAAUGUACAUUUUGUGACAAGGAUUUCUCAAAUAAAAUGAUAUACACUCGUCACUUAUUGUCUCACAUAACGGCGAAAAGCAAUGUAUGCCCCUUUUGCACUAAAGAAUUUAAAAAACGCUCGGAUAUGACUCGGCACAUACGGACGCAUACUGGCGAACGUCCAUAUAAAUGUGACAAGUGUGGGAAAAGGUUCUCUCUCAAAUCAACGCUGGAGUCGCACGAUCGCACACAUCAGCCAGGUGGCAACAAGGAAUUCAGUUGUGCCGUUUGUAGUUCAAACUUUAGCUCAAAGUCCAGUCUGAAAGUACAUACAUUAGUGCAUACAGGUGUGAAACCGUUUGCGUGUCAUAUUUGUUCGGAGAAGUUUCGUACUUCGGCUCAUAGGAAGUCUCAUAUACGAGGUCACUUUAAAACAAAUGAUUCCAAGAAGAAUGGCCAGUCCAAAUCUUCGAAAAUAAAAUUGUUGCAGGCGAUAACUUUGGACGCGCAGAAUUUGGAAAAUAAAAGUACUAAGGAAGAUACUCCUCAUGUGCACCUAAAGACUGCAAGUCCUAAGGAAGAAUCUCUGCACAUAGCUUUUGAAGAAGCAAAUCAGAGCCAGAUAGUGGAAAUUGAUCCAAUUUUUCUGCAACAACUGCAGAUGAACGGUAUACUAAUGCAAGAUAAUAUCAACGAAGAAUUAGCCUCCCUCAUACAAGUAGACGUGAACAAUUGCGAAAUUGCGAAUGGUGAAACGAUCGUCGACAAUGCGGGCGAACUUCAAAAACGUAACGUGGUAAAAGAUUACAGUUGCGAACUUUGUGACAAACGCUAUGUCACCAAAGCGACGUUGACUAAACAUCAGAAGAAAGUGCAUGCAACCAAUAAUCAGUUUAAAUGUACAAAAUGUGAUGACAAACUUGCCUCCAAAGAGGAAUUGGACACUCAUCUAAAAUUACACUCAGGCUAUCGACCCUUUUGUUGCCUAUUGUGCGCAAAUACGUUUAGAGAAGAAAAAAAUCUGAAAACUCAUAUGAGACGAAUUCAUGGUGUAUAGGGAAAAAUUGUGAAAAACUACUGCAGGGUGUUCAAAUGAAAUGGUGCUCUAAUUAAAUAUUUGUUUUUAUAUUAGUAUCUAAGUGUGCAUUUAUAUGGUUGAUGUAUAAUGUUUACAGCGUUUCAGAUCGAAAGUCUACCAUUUGUCCUGCUUGCUUACAGUGGAAAAUCGGUCUUAUUUAUUUCAAGUGUAUAAAUUGAAACGUGAUGCUAAAAUAUAGAUUGUCUCUCCGACGUUGAGUGAGUGCAGAGCAUUUCUUUGACAUUUUUCGUAAAUUUAGUACAUGUAAACAGGAUGUGCAGACAUGUGAUGGUUAAAGUUGAGGAGAAUAUAAUGAAACAUUUUAUUGCUAUUACAUAAUA